UAAACUUCUUGCUACUGAGACCUAAUUGUUCAUAUUGCACUGCAGGAUUAAAUUAAUUCUUGACCAGUUUUCAUUGCCUUUCAAACUGUUCCAUUUGUAUAGCUUUGCUCUAGUUUUCUGUAUUUACCACUAGCCAAAAAAAGGUCAAUUUUCUCUGGCUCUAGGAAAAGUGAAAUAAGAAGUGGUAUACACAUAUAUGCAAACCGUUAGCAAAUAACUUGGAAAUAGGUUUGUGGUGUGAUCUGUUUUUUGUUUUGUCUUUCAGUUUUAAAUUGAAGAGAAAAUGUCACUUUAUGAUGACUUGGGGGUUGAGACCAGCGAUUCCAAAACAGAAGGCUGGUCCAAGAAUUUCAAACUACUGCAGUCUCAAUUGCAGGUGAAGAAAGCAGCUCUCACACAAGCAAAGAGUCAGAGAACAAAACAAACCACAGUCCUUGCUCCAGUGAUUGACCUAAAACGAGGUAGCUCCUCUGAUGAGAGACAGAUCGUGGACACACCCCCUCAUGUAGCAGCUGGGCUAAAGGAUCCUGUCCCUAGUGGUUUUUCUGCAGGAGAUGUGUUGAUUCCCCUGGCAGAUGAGUAUGACCCCAUGUUCCCAAAUGACUACGAGAAGGUGGUGAAACGUCAGAGAGAGGAACGGCAGCGGCAGCGGGAGCUGGAGAGGCAAAAGGAGAUUGAAGAGAGAGAAAAAAGGCGUAAAGACAGACACGAAGCCAGCGGGUUUUCAAGACGACCAGACCCAGAUUCUGAUGAAGAUGAAGAUUAUGAAAGGGAGAGAAGGAAAAGAAGUAUGGGAGGAGCUGCCAUUGCACCGCCCACUUCUCUCGUUGAGAAGGACAAAGAGCCUGUAGCAUCAUUCCCAUAUGAGGAGGAGUCAAGACCUCGGGCACCUUCUUCCAAAGCAGCAAUUCCUCCUCCAGUGUAUGAUGAGCCAGAGAGACCUCGUUCCCCCACAGGACCCAGCAACUCCUUCCUCGCCAACAUGGGGGGGACAGUAGCUCACAAAAUCAUGCAGAAAUAUGGUUUCAGAGAGGGCCAGGGGCUGGGCAAACAUGAACAGGGGCUCAGCACAGCACUGUCAGUAGAGAAAACUAGCAAGAGGGGUGGCAAGAUCAUUGUUGGUGAAUCUACAGAGAAAGAAACGGGCAAGAAGGCAGAUUCCAACCCCUUGACUGAGAUACUGAAAUGCCCAACUAAAGUGGUCUUACUGAGGAACAUGGUCGGUGCUGGGGAGGUGGAUGAAGACCUUGAAGUUGAAACUAAGGAGGAAUGUGAGAAAUAUGGCAAGGUUGGGAAAUGUGUCAUCUUUGAGAUCCCUGGUGCCCCUGAUGAUGAAGCUGUAAGAAUAUUUUUAGAGUUUGAGCGAGUUGAAUCUGCCAUCAAAGCUGUUGUGGAUCUAAAUGGAAGAUAUUUUGGAGGCAGGGUGGUGAAGGCUUGUUUCUACAACCUGGACAAGUUCAGAGUGCUGGAUCUGGCGGAACAAGUUUGAUUUUAAAAAUCUAGCUCGAGGUGUCAUUGUUUUGGCAAUCACGUUUUCAGCAGUAGUCUGGGAAUAAAGAAGAGAAAAGUAGCUUUCCUAGCAGACUGGAAACGAGCCUCAUUGAAUGGAUUUUACACAUUCAUUGUGACUUACGUUUUUUUGUAAUAUAAAGCCCUUUGAAAGUAAGA